AAGUGAGGAUGACUUGGUUUUUGAAGCAAAAGUGAAAGCAACUCUUCAGAUUGCUUUGUCAGCCCAGUGGAGAAGACCGUUUCUAUUUUUCUGGGAGAAGAUGGCUGCUACAUCGAGUCAAUCUGCCACCUCAUUCCAUGAUGAGGGUGUGGAUGCUGAUCAGGCCAGUGCCCUGAGGAUUGUCCUGGUUGGGAAAACUGGAAAUGGGAAAAGUGCAACAGGGAAUACCAUCCUUGGGAAGAAAGUUUUUGAAUCUAAAAUUGCGCCACAUGCUGUGACCAAGAACUGUGAAAAAGCAGUUGGAACCUGGAAAGGGAGAGACCUUAUAAUCAUUGACACACCUGGGCUGUUUGACACAAAGGAAAACCUAGAAACCACUUGCAAUGAGAUCAGUCGCUGUGUCAUCUAUUCCUGUCCAGGGCCACAUGCCAUCAUUCUGGUUCAACAACUGAAUCGAUACACUGAUGAAGCAAAACAGACUGUCUCUUUGAUUAAGGCACUCUUUGGGGAAGCAGCCACAAACUACAUGGUCAUCUUGUUCACUCGGAAAGAGGACUUGGAAAAUACACUAGAGGGCUUUCUGGAGGAAGCUGAUGAGAGCAUGCAAAGUCUUGUCCGAGAGUGUAAUAGAAGGUAUUGUGCUUUUAGUAACAAAGCUGAGGGCAAUGAAAGAGAAGUCCAAGUGAAUAAGCUGCUAGCCAUAAUUGAGAAAAUGGUGCAGGAUAAUGAGGGGAAAUAUUUUUCAGAAAAAAUAUACCAGAAAGCUCAUGAGUCAUUGAAAAAUAGGAGAAAGGCCCUGAGGGAAAUCUAUGCCCAACAAAAAGAAAAUGAUCUGCGAAUUAUAGAAUUAGAGUAUGCUAACAUUGUUCCUCUGACAAAAGAGAGAAAAAGACAAAAGAAAGAAAAAAAAACAAAGGUAAAGAAGGAAUAUGAAGAAAAAAUUAAAAAUAUAAACAAAGAAGCUGAGAAGUGUGUAUUUGAACUAAUAUUUCAGUUCAUUAAGGAUCUGAUUUCUAAAAUUCCUGGUUGGUUCAGGAAAUGAUGGUCCACCUGGUUUGUUUGUUUUAUUUUUCAUUAAUUUCUCAGUGGAUGGGGGAGGGAAUGGGAAGGAAAGAGAAGUUUGGAAC